UUCCUCCUGCAACAAGAGGAGGGGUGGUGUACGGAAGUAGCAUGGGAUUUUAUUACUAAGCAACAGAGACCAGUGCAUACCGGCGAAUUGGUAAAAAAGGGCAGUAAACAUCGACUUUAACCAAAUUCAGAGAACAAAUGCUAUAUAAGUCUUCGCUUAGACUCUGCAUUCCGUUGUCGUUGUAGGUAUACUGUGAUAAGCUAUUUUCCGCAUGAAACAGGAUCAGAUCGAGCAGGUUGCUCUGUCAUGAAUGAAUUUAAAGACCCACCGUUUGCUGCGACAGAAAUGCAUGCGAACAAUCUUCAAAAUCACGACUCUCACUGUGGAACCGAUGUGGCCCGUGCACGCUGGGCUCUUCUGCGACAGGUUCUGAAACGGAAGCAGCUCGACAGUGCAGAUGUCCAGCAGGUGUCUGUGCGAAGAUUCUCCUCCUUUAACCUGUUCUCCAGGAGCAGGGUCUCUCCCACAGAGACGGAUGAGCAGUGGGUGGAGUACAGAAGUGCAAUCUUUCCUCAGUACAGUGCCUUACUCAGAGACAAUCUUGGUCCGAUUAGAGUGGAUGAGGUGCUCAGCAGCUUUGACAACACAGGAAAUGUCUGUGUCUGGCCUUCUGAAGAGGUGAUGGCCUACUAUUGCCUGAAGAAACGUCACAUGUUUACGGGCUCCGCGGUGUGUGAGCUGGGUGGAGGGAUGACGUGUCUUGCAGGUCUCAUGAUUGCGGUUUGUGCUGAUGUGAAGGAAGUGCUGCUAUCUGAUGGCAACGAGAAGGCAAUUCAAAAUGUGCGCAGCGUAAUCGAGAGGAACAGGCGAGAGGGGCUCUUCCUGUCUACCAAUGUCUCCAGCAGGGUGGUGAGAUGGGACAAUGAGGACGAUAUGUCCACUCUGGAGGGUCGCUUUGACGUGGUGAUGUGCGCUGACUGUCUGUUUUUUGACCAGUACAGAGGGAGUCUGGUUGAUGCACUAAGAAGAUUACUGCGACCUGAUGGCACGGCGCUAGUAUUUGCCCCUACAAGAGGAGACACACUUGCAGAAUUCUGCAGACUGGCAGAAAGCGCAGGCCUGAGAGUGUGUCGCUAUGACAACUACGACUCACACUUGUGGGACCUUCACCUGAAGAUGCAGAGAGAGGGAAAGGAGGUGUACGAUGAGAACAUCCACUAUCCUCUUCUCCUCACUCUGACUCACGGAUCCAGUCCAGCCCUGAUCUGAGCUGGACAAAGCCAUCUCAUGCCAGGAUGCCUUUCUAUACCACCCACCCCGGCUUUGCCACUGUGUCCUCACUUCCUGUGUGUGUGUGUGUGUGUCAGGCCUAAGCAGCCUCUCAUCACACUCCUCAACUCAGAUAACUUUUUUAACUAUGGUGUGUGUGUGUGUGCAGUGAAAAGAGACUAUGUAGGUGAGUUGCCAUGUGUGCGUGUACUUGACCUGUUUACUGUGCAACAACAGUGUGAAACGCAUUAAAUGGGAAUGGAGAACACAUCCCUCCCUCUCAUCCUACAAACACUGCGGAUGUGACUCUCAGAUAUGAACUUAUUCCAUUCCUAUGAGUAUGCGUGAUAUCAGAGGUGAUGAUUCAGGGCAGAACGUUAUGAAUUUAUGAAUUCAACUCUGGAGGCUGAUACAGCUAAUCAGGUUCACAGGACUAUCUUCGCCUCUUUACAAAGACGUAAAUGAGGUCGUAUGGUCGUCUUGAUCAUGAGAUCUUGUUAUCAUAAUGACACCAGCUCUCACUUAGCUACUGAUUCUGUAUCUACAUUCAAAAGCUCAUUCUGACACCAAAGGUUAUGAGGGGAUGAGAUGGAUGCUGCUGCGCUGAAUGUUAUUUGCUUCACUGUGAAAUGCGCUCACCUGGCAAUUUUUAUCGAAGAACUGACAAGAUAUGACAGAUUAGGCCAGACUAAGACUGAAUUGAUAUCUUGACAGCGUCACACUACCACUGGUAAGACCUGCAGCACUGUUCUCCUGUAUGUUUAGAAUGCACACACUGUGCAUGCUGGACCAAUGGCCUCAUAAAGAGAUGAAAAUGGUGUCAUUAUUUAUCAUGUCUUUUGAAACCCAUUUUCUUUUAACGUUAGAAUGUAAAGAGGGUUAUUUGUAGCAGAAUGUCCAAGUUGGUACUUUCUUUACAAUAAAAGUCAAUGGUGAUCAUAACUGCCAAGCAACAUUUUCAGAGAAUAACAACUUAAGUUUCAUUCUUUUUUGCACACAUGGGCUUCAGAGAACUUCAGAGGAAAGCUGUGUGGAAAGGGUGGUUUUAUUUAUUUAUUUUUAUUUUUUUUGGGGGGGGGGGGGACUUAGCCUCUGGUCAUCAUCCACUUUCAUUGUAUGGAAAAGGGCAGCACUGACACUCUGCUAAAAUUCUCUUUUCAUGUUCCAUGGAAACAUGAGGAUGAGUUGCUUUUCAAGAUUUUCAAGUUUAAAUUCAAUUAAUAGAUACAAUUCAUAUGAGUUCUGUAUAGAGGCCCCUUUCCGCCAUGAAAUUAAAAAAAAAAAAAAUUAUAAAAAUAGCAACUUUUUUUUUUCCAUCUCACAAUUCUGACUUUUUUCCUCUGAACACUGAAUUAACAUCCUGGAGUUGUUGUUUUUUUUGUACUGCAGAAUAGAAAAUAAAAAAGAUAACUAUGACUUUUUAUCUCAUGAUUCUGACUCAAUUCUGACAGGUUUAUACCUCACAAUUGAGACUUUUCUUCUCAGAAUUGCGAGAUACAAACUUAGAAUGGAAAGAUAUAAACUUUAACUCGAAAUAAAGUCUGAAUUAUUAUCCGAAAAAAUCACAAUUACCUCUUUUUUUUAUCCCAAGGUGAAAACAAGCUUCAGUAGUUCUGUUUUUGUAAAUUUAAGGGGUAUACAGAAGUUAGUUUUUGGUGUGCACUCAGAAGAAUAUUAUAUUAUGCCCAAAUAUUAAACUCUCAAGUUAUUUUAUGCAUUUUAACAAAUAAAUCUUUUUUUUUUUUUUUUGCUUUUCUAAACUUUUUCCCCACACUGUUGUUUUCUCCUAGAGGUGAGCUGCUGACGCCUCAUUCAGAGCUCUUUGGUUUGUUGUGAAUUGUUCAGGGCUGUGUGCUUCUGCACUGUGAUUACAUUUGUACAAAACACAGAUGAGUCCAAAGUGAUUGUUUCUCACUGACACUGCAGGUGCUUGCAAUGACUGUGAUUAAAUGGUUGUUUUGAA